CAGCACUCACUCCACAACUCCUCAUGUCCAGCGACGACGAGGACAAUGUGGGAACGCCCGCCAACAUCCUCGCGGACGAAGCCACUGACUCGUAUGAGGUUCUUUACGAAGGCAUGGUGAAGCGAAAGUCCGGCGGCGGCGGCGGGCGAUCGCUGAAAUCGUGCCAGUUGCGCAUUUACGCCGACGGUGUGCUCGUGGACAUUGGUAUGGAGCGGGAAUACACGUUGUUGGACGUGACGGACUGGCAGAUUGACCGCAAGAAGAUCAAAGACGCAGCGCUCGCGGACGCCGGCCUUCGCGUCGACUGCCGCGGCAACGAAGACCGCGUCGUGACGUUGUGGCUCGUGCUCCCGUCCGAGCAGGAGCGGCACAAGUGGAAGGUCUACCUGCUCGCGGGGCUGCAUCCCAACAGCAAGGAAGGGCAGCGAGUGAGGCGCAUGGUGGCGCAGCAAAACCAACAAGACAAGAUCCGCAUCGCCGAGGUCGAACGCACCAGACAAGCGUUGGCCCACGCUCAGAAGCCACCAAAAAAGAAACCAAUUGCCACCAAAUCGACGCGGGUGUUAACCAGUGAAUCGUCUUCCGAUUGGCAGAAAUACACGAGCGACGACGGCCAAGUGUAUUAUUACAACGCGACUACGCAGGAAAGCCGAUGGACGCUAGAGCCACCAACAACCACGCGACGACCUAGUAGGAGAGCUAGUACUCUGGAGACUACUAGUAGAUCGAGAAGUCGUAAACCUCCUGUCAAGUCUACCAAGAAAUCCCUGGACAACGCUCCGUCACCCAUUUUGAGUGACGACGAGUUGUCUGAAGGCGGCAGUGAGGAAGCAAGUGCCGGGGUAGCUCGAUUAGAAGAAAGCCCACCAGAGCUAGUAAUACUAGACACCCCCACAGAAGAGGAACAAAAUGCUGCCACGACAAAGAAAGAUGUCACAAGUGCGUUGGAGAUGAUGCUGGGAAGAGGCCCCCCGUCGUCAAAAUUAACCAAGUUGGAGAGUGUCAGCAACGAAGACACUUCAAAGUCUCCUGUGCACGACGAACCACCUGAUGACCUGACAUUAACGACCGCCGAGCGACUUCGGCUCAAGAGGCAGCAACGGCAGACUCAAAUGUUCACAACUGACGACGUGGAUGACACGGAUAUUUUUUUGCAAAAGUUGGCGGAAAAAGCAAAAAAAAAGGCCAACGAUCCACUCAAUUUGGACCAAAAACUCGAAACUGGCGAUCCGUUUCAAUUCCCCAUGGACGAAUGGCUCGAUGUCGAGCAAGAGAUCUUGUUGGCGCCUCCACCGGGGGAAGGGGCUGCCGAGGUGCCGAAUCCCGAAAAUAAAAGCAAGAAAAAAAAGAAAAAAAAGUUAUUGUCACCCCCGCUACCGCCUCCACUAGUAGACCACGAUGUAGUAGCGCCGUUGGAACGCAGAAAGAGUAAGAAGAGUCGGCGAGUAUUGGAGUUAUCGUCUCAAGAGGACCAAGUCAUGUCGGGGGCGGCACCACCGUCAGUAGUAGUACUACCAGUGAAGCCAACCUCGUCCCAGAUGGAGGUUCUUUCUAUCAAGAGCAGCAAGCAACGUAACGAUCGAAAGGCAAAGAAGAAAAAGAACGCUGUACACGAAAGAAACUUGUUGAGCCAGUCAUCGGACGAAAACUCCGCACUCCUACCCGACCAACCUAUGGCAACCCAAAGCAGCUCAGCUCCGUCUCUAAAUGGCCUCAACUCUUCCUCGCCAUUAGUGGACCAUGUACGACCUACGCCUGUACGACCUACAACUCCACUGUGGACAACGCACAUAGCCCCCGAUGGUCGCGAGUAUUACUUCAACACACACACUCAAACCAGUGUUUGGGACAAACCCAUCGAGUUUGUCCCAGAUCUCCUCCCUGACCCUCCAGUUCAAUCCUUGUCGACUGCUUUGGUGCCUGCGUAUGUGACCAGCGAGCUCAUUCCGCCACAUGUGAAAAUGGACACCAGAGUCUGCCCCCACUGCCACGUCACAGCCCCCACUCAACGAUGCGUCGAGUGCGAGUCUGUGUUUUGCGACGCUUGCUGUGCUAACCACCACCUUCGGUACGGGUCCAUGUUCAACCACACGAUGGCGUUGCUCUCUGUGCCGUUCUGCCACUCGUGCGAAGCGUCCAGCGCAUCCCAGACGUGUGUGGACUGCCACGUCAACUUGUGUGACGCGUGCGCGUCAUUUCUCCACCGCAAACCGCCCAAACAUCUCCACAAACGUGUACCAGUUUACCUAACGACAACGACCCCAGAACGACUUAUAAAGCCAAAAGAGUCCAUUUCCCCUACUGCCACCACGCAACAGCAUACGACUUCACUUGACCCCCCCAUAAUGUCCAUCCCGCAACAUGCGAUACUGUACCAACCACCUGUGACAACGUUGGCAGUGGCGCCCCACUUGCCUCGAUGUGCGACAUGUGGAGGUUGGGGCGUCGACCUCAUCCCGCCCACUCGCACGUACGAAAUGUUGUACUAUUAAUAUUGUCGAUUGGAUAGUACAAAUGUGGGUGAAAUCGAAUCGCGCUGACCAAACCGAUCCACAAUCGAUCUGAUUGGUUGUUGAAUUUCAUGGAGAAGGUUUUGAUUGGCUAAUAAUUUUGAGCUCAUCUGAGGUAG